AUGAAUAAAGUACGAAAGGGAAAUACAACGUUGACCGGUUUUGCAUAUCUUCUGAUGGUAUUUGCAUUUGAACGAUUCAAAUGCCUUCGCGAGAUAUUUAAUUUUGCUAUACCGAGUCAAUUUCCGUUGAUGUUGGGGUGGGUGAAUGUAACAAGUGAGAAUCUUAGGAAUAGAUCUUUAAUGCCUAUCAAGAAAGCUUGCUAUGAUAAGCUUCGGGAAAUGACGGAUGAAGAUGUGGAUUUGUUACCUUAUAGGAGGGAUGGUCUAGAAGCUGAAUUGGCCGAUCAAUUCAAAUCUCAAAGUUGGAUAGUAUAUGCGAAAGUAUAUACCAUCUGCUUUGAAAAUAUUGCAAAACAUCCUGUGCAUACUUGUUAUAAACAGUUGGGGUUGGAGCUGGGAAAUUUGAAAAAAUGCGAUGAUUUUAGAAAAAAAAUGAUACUACAGGAAAGAGGCCCGGGAAAAGAUAAAAAUUGGAGGGAUUUCAAUCUGUUUUAUACGCAUUGCAAUACGCGGUGGGCGAAAAGGAAUAUGCACCUUAUCAAAAAGAAUUUUCAAAUGUUUGGACCGCUAGUGAAUUAUUUGCAGGAGGGAGAUGUUGAUGAACGUGAAACCGAAUCCCCUCCUAGGUGUAAUUUGCCUACACCUCGAGAUGAAGUUCAGGCCCCCAUCUUCGACUCUUCUCUGUCGCAUGAAGCCUUAGCCAUCCAGACGCCUCAGGAAGUCUUAUACUCCCAGAUGUCUCCACAGCCUACGGAUGACGAUUUUGAUCACGAUCAUGAUAUGGAUGACAGUCUUAUUUAUGGUGAGACUGUUGAAGUUGAAAAUCCUAAUAAUGAUGUGGAUGCUGGGGUUGGCAAUCUUGGGGUUGGCAAUGCUAAUAAUGAUGAGGAAGUUGAGGUUGGCAAUCCUAAUAAUGAUGAGGAAGUUGGAGACGGCAUUCCUAAUAAUGAUGUUAUAGGUGUUGAGGUUGGCAAUAAUAAUAAUGAUGUUCUAGAUGCUGGGGUUGACAAUCAUGAUGAGGGUGAGCAUAAUAAUAAUGUGAGGAAUUAUACCCGUGGUGAAGGAGUACUAAGAACAAAACCCCGUAUGCGUACAAUGUAUACGCCGGAACAAGAAUUGCGUGUUAGAAAGAAAACAAAGCUUAGAAAGCCAAAGAUCAAGUGA